UACAUAUGUACAUACAUAUACACACACACACUCACAUGCUUCCACGAACGUCUGUUGAUUGAUGGACAGUUUACCUAGACGCACACAGAAAUAAACGCAAAAGCAAAGUAACGCACACAUGCACACAAACAUGCUGACACACAGACACGAAACUAAUCAAUCAAUCAAUCGACAACAAGCAGCGCUCACAGAGUCACACAUCCACCGUCAUCGUCGUCGUCAGUCUGUGAUUGGUGUUGCCACGAGUAGGUUGUCCAAGUAUGUGCAUUUUGUACAUUUAUUUAAUACGCAUUUAAUGAGCUAAACAUUUGCGCAAAACCUGUAACUCUGUUAACAUACAGAGCUCUGUUAACGCACAUAUAACGCGAAGUUGGCUGCACACAAUGUCAGGGUUGCUAGAUCGUUUUAUUGCUAAUAAGCGACAGUUCUGGCGCGAGUUUUUGAAACUGUAUCAAGAUAUGCCAGAACUGUGGGACGUUCAUCAUCCGGAUUAUAGGAACAAGGAAUUAAGGAACGGAUCAUACGAUAUUUUACACAAUAAAUUAAGAGAGAUUCAACCGACUGCAACAAAAAGCGAUGUCGGACGUCGCAUAAACAUUUUUCGCACAAACUAUAGACGCGAGCAAAUGCGAAUUUGGAAGCAACAAGAGCUGGGACUGCAUCCGGACUUGUGCAAGCCCACACUAUGGUUCUAUGACAAUAUGAGCUUUCUGCUGACGCAAGAGUCCUUUCAGCGUAGAGCACGCAAGAUGCGUUGCAAGCCCUAUAAUAAACCUCAACCAGCGUUAGACUUAAAAUAUAAUUACAUGAUGGAUCCAUUGGACACUGGUGCGAUGAAUUCUUUACCCAAGUUACCCACCAAUGCAUCCUCUGAACCUCCUCCAACCGAGUUCAAUGAGAGCUUGCUGCUCAGCCCGAAGAUUGAAAUAUUUGAAAAUGAUUUGGAUACCAUUCAGGCCGAGACUAUGGAAUCGAAUGAUGUUGGCAAAGUGGAUAAUGUCGAGACAAGCGCUUCAGAUCUUAACGAGCCAUCAUGCUCCACAUCAACCACAUUGACUGUUUUAAAGGGUUCUACAUCGCAGAAGUCAAACAUUUCGUUAAGCGAAUCCUCCGAGACAUUGGCCAAAUCUUGGGCCAUCCAAUACGAAGAGAUGGCCCCCACCCAGCGCAUCCUAGCGCGCAAGGCAAUCGCCGAUAUACUAUUCGAGGGCUGUAUGGGCAAUCUGCGUAUCAAUCGCAACGAGCGCUCUACUGUGGAUAACUACUUGUGAACAUGGAUAGGGCUAGACAUACUGUUAG